UGCGCCGUUAACAGCAGAGCCACUCCGCGCUCUUUUCCUCCUCCUCCUCCUCCUCUUCUUCUUCUUCUUCCUCCUCUUCCUCUUCCUCCAGCAUCCCUCUGCCCGAGCUGCGUCUCUGUCUGCCGGCGCUGCACCAUCCUCAUCGGUACCAUGGACAUACAGGGCAGUCCUUCUUCCAUCUAGACGGGAAGUCUCACCUCACGGAGUCAAGACGGGGGGCACAAUGAGCGAAGAGCCAGCGGUCACCCCCAGCUGGCUGACCCCUGAUCCCACGGCGUGGGCCAGCGGAGGCGGGGGGCCGAUGGACAACAGCACCAGCCUGGGGAUGUUUCCGCCGGAGGACUCCCUCCCUCCCAGCCAGCUCCCGCUUCUGGUGAACCCCUGGGACAUUGUGCUCUGCUCGUCCGGGACUCUGAUAGCCUGCGAGAACGCCCUGGUGGUGCUGGUGAUCUGGCAGAACCCGGCGCUCAGGGCCCCCAUGUUCCUGCUGAUCGGAAGCCUGGCGCUGGCCGACCUCCUGGCCGGCCUGGGCCUCGUGCUCCACUUCACCUGUGCCUACCUGCUCCGCUCCGACUCUGCCCAGCUGCUGACCGUGGGCCUGGUGGUGGCCUCCUUCUCGGCCUCCGUCUUCAGCCUGCUGGCGAUCACAAUCGACCGCUACCUGUCGCUGUACUACGCCCUCACCUACAACUCGGAGCGGACGGCGGCCUUCACCUACACCAUGCUCGUGCUGCUGUGGGGCCUCUCCCUGUGCCUGGGCCUGCUGCCGGUCACGGGGGUCAACUGCCUGGCGGAGGAGGCCACGUGCAGCGUGGUGCGGCCGCUGACAAAGAACAACAUCGCCGUGCUGUCCGUCUCCUUCCUGCUGCUGUUCGGCCUCAUGCUACAGCUCUACGUCCAGAUCUGCAAGAUCGUGAUGCGGCACGCCCACCAGAUCGCCCUCCAGCACCACUUCCUGGCCGCCUCGCCCCACUACGUCACGACCCGGAAGGGCGUGUCGACCCUGGCCAUCAUCCUGGGCACCUUCGCCGCCUGCUGGAUGCCGUUCACCGUCUACUCCCUCAUCGCCGACUACACCUACCCCCCGCUCUACACCUACGCCACGCUGGUGCCUGCCACCUACAACUCGGUCAUCAACCCGGUCAUCUACGCCUUCAGGAACCAGGAGAUCCAGAAGGCGCUGUGGCUGGUGUGCUGCGGCUGCGUGCCCGCCAGCGUGGCCCACCGCGCGCGGACCCCUAGCGACGUCUGACCGAGCAGACCCAGGCGGGAAGAGAGAGGCGACCUGGGUCAGCUGCGCUCCUCACCGGAUCUGCCCGGUGUCAAAGAGAGCAGCAGCAGCAGCGGUGGAGGUCAGGGGACGUGGCAGAGGGCUGAGGCUGGGAAAGUCACAGGCGGAGGCAGCGUGGUCAGCUAUCCACAGCCCACAUGGAAGGAUGGAUGGAAGAUCUUUUUUUUUUUUUUUCUUUCCUUUGUUACACUCACCACAGGGCAAGGUAUCUCUCUGUCUUCCCCACUAAAGGCCACUAUGCGCUGCAUCUCGCCCCCUCCCGCUCCACACAUGCCACGCCCUUCCUCGUUUCUGCAGAGGGCGCUGGGUGCAUCACAUGUAACAGGCACCAGCUGUAUAUAGAAUGAGCGUACACUUCCCAGAGCUGGAGCUUUGGCUGACACGUGAUUGUUUUCCUUUGAACAUGGAGGAUUUAUUAGUUCGGGCCCGUGCGCCUGCGUGCGUAAAAAAAAAAAAAACAACAACAGAGUGCGCGUGCGGCGAGGAGAGGAGAGGAGAGAGGAGAGGAGAGGAGAGGAGCGUCCACGGCUGAACACGCAGGCAUUUCCACAGUAAAAGCCCGUCUGGAGCAGCAUCCCAGGCGCUCUGCUGCUGCACCCUGGACGUGCGUCGAAAGCUAAACAGCCGCGGAGAGCUAUAAAUAGACCCGGCGCUCUCUGAUCCGCGCUCCGCGCCCUCAACAGACGCAGAGACAGAAAUCAAGCCACACUUCUUCUCCUCUUCGCCUCUCCCAUUUUCUCCUCCUCCUCCUUCUCUCCAGAUCGCACUGUUUCAGCUCGGCUCUUAUCAGGCUCAAGACGACGCCCCUGGAGACCUCCCACUCCUCCCCCUCCCCCAUUCCAUUAACCCCCUCAUCUAUUUUUUUUUUUUAUCAAUAUGGAGGCACAAACCGAACAGACCAAUCGGAUUAUGUAACCUCGCUGUAUAGCCUUCCCCCAACUCCUGUCGCCUCCUUUCACUUCAGAUGUGGAGAAUGCCAUGAAAUUUAACUCCCCCAAUUUAAAUUUCCUUAAAGUGAUUUUUAAAGUCACUCCCCCUAAAACCACAAUCACAUGGGUGAUCAAAUUAACCCAAAAAAACAAUUUUUUUGUCUAAAAGUCUAAAUGUAUUUCCAUUUCUCCGACGGCACCCGAAGGGCCUCGCACCAGCCGACGAGACCUGCGCGCUUGUCCUUCUCUGUAAUUUGCAUGCAGAAAGCACAGGUCCCCGGGUUUAGUGUGGCGGGUCACGCAGGCCACCGCGGGCGCCGCGCCGCGACCUCCUGAUGUCACCGUGACCCCAAUAACGUUGUUUAUUUACAAUGUACCACAGCGUACCUCACAUGUAUCAUUGUAAGAGCUACAGUCGCCACUCGAAGGUCGCAAGAAAAACAGAAAAAGAAGGUAAAAAAGUGGAAUUUUUUUGGCUUUAAAGUGGCGUUUCAAGUUAAGCGGCGCCCAAAGCCACGCCGCACAUCAGCUGCUCUGAGUUACUUGUCGAAGUCCCCACCCGCCGCUCCACAACAUGUACGCUUCUCCCCCCGAGUCAUGUCAGCAAUAACUAGCCUAUGAAUGGUAGUUAUGUUUGUAGAUGUGAAGCAAUACUCAGACAGCAAUAACAUGGGACCACGACUUCUUCCUGCAUCGCGAAGCGCCGCACCGGCGGCCGCUCGGGGUGGGGUCGCAGAGAGCAGGCCCCGGUGAGCUACAAGUGAUGCUUCGCCUUCAGACCGGUGGUGGCGGGGUAAUCACUCCCGGGUUGGGAACAGCGGACUCGUCCAUCACGCUGACACCACUGCCUCAUUCCUCCGCGGCCACUCCCCACCCCACCCAAAAGAAGAAGAAGAAGAAGAAGAA